CGGGAAGGAAUGAUUUGGCUGCAGAGAGACAUAGAGGGAGCUGGCAGUUGGGACUGUACAGUAAGGUGGGAUUCGUGUGAGCGGACUGUUCAUAAGGGUUCAAUGGAUGCAAGUCAAGCUGAUCGCAAGGUGGCCCCUGUCUCUGCUGUUGUUAAAAAUGCGAUCUGUGAACUGAGCCGAAUAAACGAUGGAGAGAGGUUGAUGGAGGUGCUGCUGAGCCUUAAGUGCUACCUGGGAACUAGAGAAAACUCAACUCAAACCCAGGAGCAUGCAGAGUUCAACAGGAACCAUUAUACCCCUUUUCUCGAGUUUUUGGUUGCCCAGAUGGGUCCACAAUGGUUGGAUCUGCUCACUUUAGAAAAGCUCGAGUUGUGGGACAGCUUCUUUCUAGAGGGCCCAGCCGAUCAGGCCUUUCUAGUGCUCCUGGAUAGCUUGGGGAAAACGGGGCCUAGCAUCCGCUUGGAUCGCUGCGUGCAUGUAUUGGAGAGAUUCCUCCAGCGGGGAGCGCUUGCCGAAGUUAUCCGGGAGGUCUGCCAACAGCAGCUCGAGAGCAACCCAACAGCUGUUCUCCAUGAAGCCAUUCUAGGGAGGAUCAGCAGUCUGCCGGACCACCUGGCUAACUGCCUUCAACAACACAACAAACCUGUAUUCUAUCCUAACAACUACUACCCCCUCCUGGCAGGUUCUAUUAUCAGUGUGCUGCAAAUGGUCUCUGAUGCAUUAAGAGAUGGCAAGAACUGUUCCAUCUCAUUUGCAUCUCAGGUUGUGGGUAAAGUCUGCAUGCAGGGCCGACAAAAGGAGCUGCUUUCAGUCUUGGUGCCACGGUUGAAGGCCCUCGUCCAAUCUGACUGCAUCUGGCAGAGGAUUUGUUGGCGAUUGGUAGAAUCUGUUCCUGACAGAUGGAUGGAGCCUGUAGUCAUUGGAAUUGUGCAGAUGGCACCAGGAGCAGAAUUUCUAUCCCAGCUGCUGGGUGAUCUGGUGGUAAAGAAUAAGAGGACACAGUUUUUAUUAACGAAAAAGAUGCUAUUCCUGCAGUAUGGUCUCAAGAAGGAUGCCCUGCAGAGCAUUCUGGGAUAUCUGUCAUUGGAUGCAAGUCGCAGAUAUCUCUUAGUCAAGAUUCUGCGGGAACUCCUGGAGGUGUGGUCAUCUGGUAGCGUGCUGAAAAACUCCUCCCAGCCUCAGCUUCUGCAUGUGAGCCGCUGCCUGCUGAUCUGCCUGGGCCUACUCAACAAGCAGGAGAUUGAGAGCUGCAAGCAAGACCUGCUGGUAUCACUGACCUCGGGCGCUCGAAAUUACUUAGACAGUUCUGUUCCCGCCAUCAGACGUAUGGGGAUGGUAGUAGCCGAAUGCCUGAGCCACCGCAUUGACACUGAGGGACCAGGCCUUUCUUUCCAGUAUGAAGAAGAUGAGGAUACCAGAGACCUGAAGGCUCUUCUAAAACCCCCACAUGUGUUUGAAGCUGACUCUGCUGAUUGUGUAAAAAACCCAGAAGAGAGCUCUCCAUCAAAGUCAUGUCCUAAAGCCAUUGAAAAGUCUAAGAUGGAAGCCAAGGCUGACCAGGCAUCUGAUUCAGAACUAGACAGUGACGAUGACUUGGCUCCAUAUGACAUGAGCGCAGACACAGAGCUGAAGAAGAGUAAAGCACCGGCCUACAUACGGGAUUGCAUUGAAGUGCUGUUAUCAGAUGACGUGGAAAAACUGGAGGUGACCAUGACUUGUCUGGCUACACUGAUCCAGGCAAACACAUCCGCAACAAAAGAGGUCAGCGUGGAGCUCACCAAGAUCCUCUUACACAUUGAUGACAAGCCCAGUGUUGAACGCUUCACAGAGUUGCGGCAUGCGGCCCUUGUAGCUGUCGCAGUGACUGACCCUGUGCCGGUAUCACAGUACCUUACUGGUGAAUUCUACUCCCUGAACUACAGUUUGCGACAAAGGAUGGACAUUUUAGAUGUAUUGUCGUCUGCAGCCCAGAGCCUUUCAGAGAAGCUCUCCCAUGAAGUAUCAUCAGAGUCCCGCUCUACAGGCACUGGCCAACAUUCCAUUAGAAGUACAACAUGGACGUUAGCAGAAGCACCGGCUGACUGGAGGAAGGUGGUGGAGGAGCGUAUUGCAAGCAAGACAAGACGGUUUUCCAAGGGUCAAUCAGUUCCUACACCUGUCCCUGCCCCAAACCGUUACCAUGCUGUAGCCGGACAUUUGUUCUUCCCGCUCAUACAGAACUAUGACAGGCAAAUUGUUACCUUUGACCUUCUUGGAGAGGAUCGUCUGGUUCUUGGGAGGAUGGUCCAUACACUUGGCAUCUUAAUGCACCUGGCAUUGCAUGCUCCAAUUGCUUCUCAGAUGGGAAAGGCGCUUCUUGAAUUUGUGUGGGUUCUGCGUUUCCAUAUUGAUGCCUUUGUGAGACAGGGUCUCCUGUUCUGUAUCUCUACUGUUCUACUGAGUGUCCCCUGGGAGCGUCUUAUGACCGACAUGGCAGAAGAAGUAAUGGAGACACAGUCCUGGUUAGCAGACGUAGCUGAGAGAGAUUCAGAUGAUGACUGUCGACGCCUGGCCCUUAAUGGGCUUUUUCUCAUGGAGAAGCUGAGAAACAAUAUUCACGGAACCCCAUAAGCUUCCUCACAGACACCCCUGCAACACCUACUGUGGUCUAAACUAUUCAGCUGGCCUUUUGUGUAUCUAAGUUGCAAAUACGCACACGAUGUGGUUGAGGUGCAAUGAUCUGCAUCAAGAAAUCCUACUCCACCACUGCUCAUAUGGACUAUAAAUUCUACCAUUCAAUUUCUGCCAUGGCAAGUACGACUAGACACUGCAUUGUAUAAACCCAAAUGCAAAGCUUGAGCCUCAUCGGCUGUUUUACAAAACAGUAGCUUGUACUUGAUCCCAACUAAGAUAUAAUUAAUCCUUAUUGGAGGCAAAAUCAGCCUAUUGGCUUUAUCUAAUAUUUACAUGAUUUUCUAGUAGACUUACUGUAUGAAGAUCCAAAUUACAGAAAGAUCCGUUAUCCGGAAAACCCCAUGUCCCAAGCUUUUUGGAAAACAGGUCACAAACCUAUAAGGUAUGGGAUCCAUUAUCCAGAAACGUAUUAUCCAGAAAGCUCCAAAUUAUGGAAAGGCCAUCUCCCAUAGACUCCAUUUUAUCCAAAUUUUAAAAAGUGAUUUCCUUUUUUUCUGUAAUAAUAAAACAGUAGCUUGUACUUGAUCCCAACUAAGAUAUAAUAAAUCCUUAUUGGAGGCAAAACCAGCCUAUUGGGUUUAUUUAAUGUUUAUAUUAUUUUCUAGUAGACUUAAGGUGUGAAGAUCCAAAUUAUGGAAAGAUCCAUAACCUGGAAAACGCCAGGUCCUGAGCAUUCUGGAUAACCGGUCCCAUACCUGUAGAACUGUAGAAAAGUUGUUUACAUACAUGAAGCAGGGUUUUAUGCAAUAUACAGUAGAACCCCCAUUUUACGUUUUUCUGGGACAAGAAAAAAAUGGUGUAAAAUCCAGGAAAAUGUAAAAUCAGGGAAAUGUAUUAUGCAUAAUAUAUACAGGUGAGCCGCCAUUUUGUGAUGCUCUGUGUGUCACUCAGUGUUCCCCUGACAGGAAAAAAAGCACAUAGUGGAAAUGUGUCAGUAAAAGACCCGCCUCUGUCCAUUCAUUGGCUGAUAUUGCCUAGCAGGAGUGCGUGCCUUAGGUUUGUGUGUGAGCACAGUACCUCAUAUAAGCCAAAGGGACAGAGUACCUAAAAUGGCAGUGUUUCAGGGUGGAAUUAUCAAGUGGCACAUGUGAGCAGAACAAUAUAUUUUUCAUGAACAGGUUUUAUUUAUAUCAAAACCAUGAUUUUUACCUCAUGAGUCGUCAUUGCUUCAGUUUCCUUUCCUCCACCUUUGUGGAUAGGAGAAAUGUGCAGUAGGGGCAUGACGGUGCAGCAUCAGAUGAAGGGAGGAGAAGGUUGGCUUGUCCUUAUUAUUUGGUUUUACUGGAUUGUCUCAUCCUGUACACAAAGUCCUGGGGAAGGAAGGAGAGGGACUGGCAGAGUUGGAAGUCACGUAGAGGCCACACGCUAUAUUAAGCCCGACUCAUCUCCUGCAACAUCGCUAUAAAUACCUGCCGGGAUCAUCUUCCCACGACUCCCAACACAGGGUGUCUCCCUGAUUCUCUCACAUGCUGCACGGUGGGGGGAGGGGACUCUGCUUGGAUGUUGGGGUGGAGAGAGGAAGCAGUAGGAGAAUAUGAAGAAAGAAGGAGAUUGUAAACAGUAUUUGUUCACUAAAUGGCCACUUUUAAAGGGGUCGUUCACCUUUGAGUUAACUUUUAGUAUGACGCCGAGAGAGAGAUUCUGAGACCAUUUGCAAUUGGUUUUCACUUUUAGCAGCUUUCCAGUUUGCAAUUUCAACAAUCUGGUUGCUACCAUCCAAAUU